AUGCAGUACCCCAGCCUGCGGCAAAGUAUCCUUCCCCAGUCCCGUCGCCGACUCAGUCUCACCUUCAGCCACGUUCUCAUCAAGCUCCUCAACCAACUCGCCUACCUCAUCUGCUGCCCGCGGCGCCAGCUGCUUCUACAAAGCUCGCCACCGAUCCUCAAGGUCCCGAGAGCCAUGAACCGAGUGUCGGUGUCAACCAUUCCGCGCUUUCUCCGACCUAAAAAUGGCCAGAUCAAUGGCUAUGUGAAGUUCAACUGGCCAUCUCGACAGCCGUCGAGACGGCCAUCCACCCUUGCUGUGCCACCAUCAUCCAACGAUGGUAUGGAGGAUGUCACUACGGACUCGACGCAGCUUUCUACUGUCAGUCGGCGUUCCAGUGUUGUGACCCUCAUCGGGCCCAUGCCUGCGCCAUACGCGACGACUAGCAUGUCUGUUUUAUCACUGAAGACCGAUAUGGCCUGGACAAAAAUGCUCCCGCAAACGAUGGCGACAAACCCUCCAACACCACCUCAAGAGUCUGCAUUGCAAGCCAUGACGACCGAUCAGCCGAGAAUGCUGCCACCACAAUUUGGCUUCCAAGCCAAGAUGGAUCGCAUCGAUAGGCGGUUAUUUGAAUUCUAUACGAAGAAUUGGUGUCCAGGAAGGAGCAUUCUCAACCACACGAACCUGUGGUUAAGGGACUUGGCACCGAUGCAUAAGAACGAAGGCAUCCUAUACGCCAUCCAGAGCUUGGCUGGGGUAUAUAUCUAUGAUUACCUGCCGGAUGAGCUUAUUCGGCAACGAAUCAAUGAACGGUAUGUGACGGCAGACGAGUAUUUCAGCAAGCUUCUUGUUGCUCCAGAGAGCAGACGAAUCGGGGGAGGGGAUGAAGUCAUUACCAUGGCUGUUAUCCUCUCCAUGCAAGAUAUUGUCCUGACCGAGCGGCGGCUCAAGAAACCCUCCUCUCCUCGCUGGUUGGAAGGGUUCAAACAAGGCGAGUACUUCCUCCACAAAACAGAUCCCGGAUGCCGAUUCUGGAAAGACCACAACGUCCAAUAUAGCGAUCUCCGCAUCUCCCAGUCCAUCAUCGUCGGCCGAGCGGUCAUUCUCGCCCAGCCAAUGAUGGCGCUCCCUUCGCCAGCCACGCUGAAACCCGAGGAAGAGGCCAGUAGAUUUGGCUGGCUUCUCUAUGGCACCGAGAAGGACAUGUUUGAGAUCCACGGCGGAUGUGGCUUUUCCAAGAGGCUGCUGCAUACCAUGAGCCAAGUGACGUACUGCGCGGCCCGCCUGCAGCAAGAACCUAACAGCACCAUUGUUCCCAUCACGGCACGGUAUCUUCACCGUCAACUCCAAGAGAUGCGGCAAUGGAGUCGCGAAGGCAUAUCGUGGGAGGACGCCCAAACACGCCCUCCAACGAUAGAAUGGGUCAGAUCGAAGUCGGACGACACAAUCAUCGACUCGAACCGGGAAAUGACGGAUGUAACGGCCGAGGCGUGGAGAAUUGCUGCGAUCAUUUACUUGCAAUGCCGACUAUUAAGGCUGCCUCGAAACCACCCCAGCGUUCUUGCUAAUUUAACGGACCUCGCGAAGUGCAUCCGCAUCAUGCCGACAUCGGGCUCACACUUCACGGCACAAGCACCUCUACUCCCAGUCUUUUUCUUGGGCAUGCUCGCAACGCUCCCCGACCACAAGAACGUAUCACGGGACUGGUUUGAGCAGGUGGUUCGAAUACCAGUGCGGAGUAGCGUUCCUCCACUGUAUCAAGCUCUGAAGCGCAUCUGGGCCUGGAUCGGCACUGAUGUGAGGAUCCCAUCUGCGCCCACGGCCCUGUUCAGGUCUAUCGGCAAGAGGUACGCUUGGUGGGAAAGCCUCGUUGCAAGCGUCCAUGUAAAGGAAAAGGAGAUUCUGUGUCUGACCUAG